AUGUAUAAGAAGGCGAGUAACCUGGUCAGCGUGAGGAGGCGUUACAACAAGGAGCCGCAAACUGGCCUCCAGUUAAAUGGUUCAACAAAACCCGUCAGCAAGGCUUACAACAGCAUUUUGGAGUUAGUUGGAAACACUCCUCUUGUCAAGCUGAAUAAAGUGCCAAAGGAUUAUGGACUGUCAUGUGAAAUUUACGCUAAAUGUGAAUUCAUGAAUCCGAGCGGCUCUAUCAAAGAUAGGAUCGCUUUGUCCAUGAUGCAGGACGCGCGUGUCAGGGGACUUGUCAAUGAUCAAUCUGAGUUUGUGGAAGCUACGUCUGGGAAUACGGGCAUAGGCAUUGCAUUCAAUGCUGCUCUUAUGGAAAACAAAUGUAUAAUUGUGACACAAGAUAAAAACUCGUCAGAAAAAGUAAAUACCAUGCGUUUACUUGGAGCUGAAGUGAUUCAGACUAAAAAUGGAGAUUUGGAGAUAUCGAUCGCUCGUCAACUGAAAAAUGAAAAUCCUGACACGGUUGUCAUGCUGAACCAAUUUGUUAACGAAGUAAACCCAAGAACUCACUACGAGGGUACUGCAGAAGAGAUAGUGUCAGCUUUAGGCGACGUGGACAUGGUGGUGUUGGGGGCUGGCACCGGCGGGACGCUGACAGGUGUCGGCAAGAGGCUGAAGGAGAAAAACCCGAAGUGCAUCCUGGUAGCGGCCGAGCCAGACGGCUCCAUCAUGAUCAACAAGAACGGGAAACAACACUCGUUUUUGGUGGAAGGAAUCGGCGGAACAUGGGUUCCUAUUGUUUUAGAUAAGACCCUAGUGGAUCACGUUGAGGUGGUCACCGAUCAAGAAGCUUUCUUGAUGUCUCGGGAGCUGGCGAAAAAGGAGGGAAUGUUAUGUGGUGGAAGUAGCGGUUCGGCUAUGUCAGCUGCUAUCAAAGCUGCAAAAGCCCUGAACAUUGGAGCUGGCAAGCGAGUGGUGGUGAUCUUGGCCGACGGGAUCCGUAAUUACAUGUCCAAGUUCGUCAGCGACCAGUGGAUGGAGGCCCAUGGGUUCAUGGAGCCCCCUGAAAACACCAUGAAGUGGUGGAAAAAUCCUAUCACCGAACUAGACCUAACCCGCACGUACCCCAAGCUGAACAAGAACAGCAGCUGCGAGCAAGCCCUUGAGGCCAUGAAGGUUAACAACGUCAACAUCGCUGUUAUUGUCGAUAAUAUUGGACAUUUUGUGGGAGUAGUUUCAAAGGACAGUCUUCGCAACAGAGCCACAAACCCUACCAAGCUCCCUGGGCAAGACUGCGUAGAGUUUGACUUCACCGACCCCGUCACUGACCACCUCGACAAGCACGUUUACACGUUGGCAGACAACGGUGAAAGAGGAAAGCCGACCAUCGGUCUCUUGUCGCGAAUGCUGGACAUUGCUCCCUUUGUGAUCAUUGGAAAGCAAGGCUUCGACAUCAGUUCAUUCUUCGUGGCCAGCGGCGUGGUGACGGGAGACGAUAUCCUCGAGUACAUCUACGAGCACAACCAACCUUGUAAAGAAAUGUAA